AUGGCAUCAGCAGGAAGAAAACAGAACAAGAAAUCCAAACAAUCAGAAGACUCCUCACACCUUCAGGCUUUUGACUUUAAUAUAGAGGGUGAAAAGAAGGGUCUUAGUGGCUCAGAGGAUGAAGCAAGAGAAGAAAUGUCCAUCGUUGAUAAGUCGGGUAAGAAAAGACCUGCAAGUACGUUUGAGGAAAAUGGCCUUAUUGUAGGUGUAGGGAAUGAAGUUCAGACAAUGUUAGAAAAGUUUGGAGCUGACAUCAGCAAGGCAAUGCAGGCUAAAAGGAAACGCCUGGAAACUUUCACCAAAAGCUCUCUGAAAGGCAGCAACCAGAAAAUAGAGCAGCUGUGGAAGACCCAGCAUGGCCAGAGACAGAAGCUGACGCAGGACUACUCCCAGGAGAUGCUGUCAGUGCUGCGGCAGUGGGAGACCGAUGUUAAGAAAUCCGAGGAGCAGGAGGAGAAACUGAAUAAUUUAUUUCAACAACAGCAGAGGUUCUUCCAACAGGCACGGGUUGUGCAAAGUCAAAAAAUAAAAUACAUAAAAGAGCUGUAUGAGCAGUUUGUCAAGAACAUGGAGGAGAUGGAGAAAAGUCAUGAGGCUUUUCUCCAGGGAGCACAGAUGGAGUUGAAAAAGGAGAUGGCUCUGCUGCAGAAAAAGAUAAUGAUGGACACACAACAACAGGAGAUGGCCACCGUGAGGAAGUCUCUACAGUCCAUGCUGUUUUAAAGUCUGAUGUAUUUUGUUCAUUUUGAAGAGUUCUGUAAUGCUCAUGCUGUCAUUGUAAAUGUUGAGUGUACGAAAUGGAUACAAUUAUCUGGAUGCACAUGAAUGAUAGUUUGUGUUCAUAUUUUUUGCUGGCUUGUUUGCACAAAUUUGUAUAGAUUGUUCUCAGAUAAGAAAAAAACUUUUCAAAA